GCGCCCGAGCGCAGGGCCGUGGCCUCGGGCCUCCGCGGCGGCGCCGGCGGCCCACGCGCGGCGCGGCGGGCUGGGGGCGCGGGCCGAGGCAGCCGUGGAGCCCACGGGCCGGGGGCAUGAGCCGCCCCGCCGCGCCCCUGCCGCCCGCCGCCGCCCGUCAGGGGCUAGAGGCGGCCGCCGCGAGGGCGCGCGGCGCCGGAGACAUGUCCAGGAGGAAACAGAGCAAUCCCCGGCAGAUCAAGCGUUCUCUCAGAGAUAUGGAGGCCAGAGAAGAAACCCAGGCCAUGGACAUCAGCCCCAUGGAGGAGAAGGCCACAUCCCCUGAGGCCCCAGCCAUAGAGGAGCCCCCAAGCCCACCCAGAGAAGAUGUGAGUACACCCACAGUGCCAGCACCCCCUGAGUCCCCAGAAGGUCCCGAGGAUAUGGAGGGGCAGGAGUUGGAGAUGCCACCCCAGGAUGAAGAGAAAGAGGAAAAGGAAGAAGAGGCAGCCAUGGCCAGUCCCUGGAGUGGGCCAGAGGAGCUGGAGCUGGUACUGCAGGACGGGCAGAGGUGUGUACGGGCCCGACUGAGCCUCACUGAGGGCCUGUCCUGGGGCCCAUUCCGUGGGAGCAUCCAGACCAGAGCCUUAUCCCCUGAGUGGGAAGAACCGGGCCCGGCUGUGACCCUGCUGGUGGAUGAGGCCUGCUGGCUAAGGAUGCUGCCCCAAGCCCUGACUGAAGCUGAAGCCAACUCAGAGAUCUACAGGAAGGAUGACGCCCUCUGGUGCAGGGUCACCAAGGUGGUGCCUUCGGGUGGACUACUACAUGUGUUCCUUGUGACUGAGCCCCACAGUACUACUCCCAGACAUCCUGUGCAGGAAGCAGUAGAAGCUGGAGGCCCGGCUCCAGUGCACACAGACAUCCAGCUGCUGCCCCAGCAGGCUGGCAUGGCGUCCAUCCUCGCCACCGCAGUCAUCAACAAGGAUGUCUUCCCCUGCAAAGACUGCGGGAUCUGGUACCGAAGUGAGCGGAACCUGCAAGCCCACCUACUCUACUACUGUGCCAGCCGCCAGCGUGCCGGCUCCCCUGCCUCGGCGACUGAGGAAAAGCCCAAGGAGACCUACCCCAAUGAGCGUGUCUGCCCCUUCCCCCAGUGCCGAAAGAGCUGCCCCAGCGCCAGCUCCCUGGAGAUCCACAUGCGCAGCCACAGCGGAGAGCGCCCCUUCGUGUGCCUCAUCUGCCUGUCGGCCUUCACCACCAAGGCCAACUGUGAACGCCACCUCAAGGUGCACACGGACACACUCAGCGGUGUCUGUCACAACUGUGGCUUCAUAUCCACCACAAGGGACAUCCUCUACAGCCACCUCGUGACAAACCAUAUGGUGUGCCAGCCAGGCUCCAAGGGUGAGGUCUACUCUCCAGGGGCUGGACACCCGGCAGCCAAACUUCCUCCCGACAGCCUGGCAGGCUUCCAACAACACUCACUGAUGCACGGCCCCCUGGCUCCCGCUGACAAGGCACCCGCCCCAUCCUCAGGACUGGACAGUAAGACCUUGGCCGAAGUCACCAAUGGAGAGACCAGAGUGCCCCCCCAAAAUGGGGGCAGCAGUGAGGCCCCCGCAGCUCCCAGAACCAUCAAGGUGGAGGCUGCAGAGGAGCCUGAAGCGGCGCGUGCUUCCGGUCCGGGAGAGCCCGGUCCCCAGGCUCCAUCUCGGACACCUUCACCGCAUAGCCCCCCUCCAGUCAGGGUGAAAACAGAACUGUCCAGCCCCACGCCGGGCUCCAGCCCGGGGCCUGGAGAGCUAGCAAUGGCGGGGACGCUCUUCCUGCCACAAUAUGUGUUCGGUCCGGACGCGGGCACGACUACCGGCCCUGCAGCGCCACAGGCCUCAGAGAUCCUGGCCAAGAUGUCCGAGUUGGUGCACAGCAGGCUGCAACAGGGUGCGGGGAGCUCCGGAGCAGGGGGAACGCCCGCCGGCCUCUUCCCGGGGACUAAGGGCGCCACGUGCUUUGAGUGCGAGAUCACCUUCAACAACAUCAACAACUUCUACGUGCACAAGCGCCUCUACUGCUCCGGCCGCCGCGCGCCCGAGGACACGCCCGCCGUGCGCAGACCCAAGACGGCCCCGGGGCCGGCCCGCGCGACCCCAGGCACAGCUGCGGAGGCAGACCAGCAGCGCUCGUCGCCGGGGCCCGGGCCGCGAGAGGAAGAGGCGGGUGGCGCGACCACUCCAGAGGCCGAGGUCGCUGGCCGGGGCAGCGAGGGCAGCCAGAGCCCGGGCAGCUCGGUGGACGACGCGGAGGACGAUCCCAGCCGCACGCUGUGCGAGGCCUGCAACAUCCGGUUCAGCCGCCACGAGACCUACACGGUGCACAAGCGCUACUACUGCGCCUCACGCCACGACCCGCCACCGCGCCGGCCACCAGCACCCACGCCGUCUCCCGGACCGGCGGCUCCGGCGCUAACAGCUCCGCCCGUGCGUACGCGCCGGCGACGCAAACUGUACGAGCUGCCUGGAGCCGGUGCUCCGCCUCCUGCUGUAGGCCCCGCCCCUGUGCCUGUUGUCCCCGCCCCCACGGCGGAGCUGCCCUCCUCUCCGAGACCCGCGAGCGCAAGCGCCGGCCCCACCCCCACGCCCUCUCCAGGCCCGGUACCCGACGGCCCCAUAGACCUGAGCAAGCGGCCCCGACGCCAGACUCCGGAUGCACCUGCCGCUUUGCCCGCACUGGCCGACUACCAUGAGUGUACCGCAUGUCGUGUAAGCUUCCACAGCCUGGAAGCUUACCUGGCUCACAAGAAAUACUCGUGCCCCGCUGCGCCUUUGCGCACCGCCGCCCUCUGCCCCUACUGCCCGCCCAACGGGCGCGUGCGCGGCGACCUGGUGGAGCACUUGCGCCUGGCACAUGGCCUGCAGGUAGCCAAGCCGGCGGCCAGCCCGGGCGCAGAGCCCCGCACGCCCGCCGAACGUGCUCCGCGUGACAGCCCCGACAGCCGCGCGCCACGCUCCCCAUCCCCAGUUCCUGAGAACACGCCUUCUGACCCCGCAGAUCAAGGCGUGCGGACGCCCUCCAAGGGCCCGCCAGCGCCUGCUCCUUCGUCAGGUGGUGGUGGCGGCCACCGUUACUGCCGCCUGUGCAACAUCAGGUUCAGCAGCCUGUCCACCUUCAUCGCACACAAGAAGUAUUACUGCUCUUCUCAUGCUGCUGAGCACGUGAAGUGAGCCCGAGGGGCCGCACCGCCUGGACCCUUGGCAUUUAAUAAAGACGUUGGGUGUGACAAGCUUGCUGAUGGGCCAGCCUGUUGUCUUAGAUCCAGUGGGCUUCAUUCCAUACCCCAGCCUGUGCAGACCUGCAACGGGCACCCCACCGUUUCCUCCAGGACCUAGCCCACUCCAGAGGCUCAACCACCUGAAGCAGAGCUCUUUUCCUCUGCUUCUAGCUCACCCGCAGCCCUGCCACCGUGUGCGUCCGAUUGCAGACCACUAGGGAGAAUGAAACCUUGUACUUGCUGAGUAAGAGAGGAAGGGCACCAAGUCCCAGAGGGCCCCUCCCAUCACAACCUGGGUGGGUCCCUAUGUCUACUGAGUUGGCACUGGGGGUACCACCUGUAGUCUUUUGCUGACUGGCUGUAGGCCAUGCCUGGCAGAGCCCAUCCAAACUCUGUCUAGUUAUUGCCUUGGCCUCUUUCAUUACUUAGUCCCCUGAGAAAGCAAACAGGCCUGUUCUCUAACUCCAUAAGUCUUAACUGGCCCACUAUGGAGGUUGGAAAUACCUCUGGAAGCCUGGAGCAUGGUUUGCCUCUUACCCAGCCCUCUAAGGUGACCUGCUAGUGGGCCUGCACAUUGUGCUAAUGGGUUUGCACAAAAAAUAAAUGUUCCUGAGAGUCA